AUGAUGAAGUUACUGAUUGCUAUAUUGUCAUCAACGCUGAUUGCUUGUUCAGUUACUACAGCUACUCCAGUUAAUCCCAGCAGGACUACAAACUUCGAGUCUAGUUCUACGGCUAUUUACACUGCAACUGCAACUACUUAUCCCAGCACUUCGACAUUUCUUGAUUUAAAUGUAAACUCGGUUAAUUGUGGGAGAAAAAAGGCAGUCAAAGAAUACGCAAAAGCAAAAUGUAGCUUCAAGACCAUACAUAAAAAAUACGAAUCGAUAUCAAUAGAAAUUGUUGAUCAAAAAACAGUGGUAAAAGAUCUGCAUAAAAGAGUCAAGCUAUUGUCGCCUGUAACUACGCCAAGUGAUGGUGGUCCAGACUAUAUGGAAACACAAUCUCUCCUUCAAAGUGAAAAUGAUGCUCUUGCAGAUCUUGAAAGCCAGCAGAGAAUAUGCAAUAUACAACACUAUGCCGAGUACGAGAAAUUGCGUUUAGCCAAAGAAAAACUUGCAAGAAAAUUUUUUGGCACUUUUAACUUCAGUUUUGGACGGGUUAGUAGUAGGCGCAUGAUGGACCUUUUAGCAAGUCAGACCUUUCUGAAUUGUUUUAGUCAAUUUUACCCUAACAUACCGAGUUCAUCAACAGACUCCGAGGGUGCCUCUACUAGUGGAACGCAAGGUUCAUCAUCACGACCUCAUGGUCCACCACCAUCAUAUGGAGUUGUAAUGAGGAAACCUAAACUUUAUAAAGUGACUCAAUAUAGCCCAGGUGAUCAACCUCCAUCGUAUCAAGAUGUAGUGCGCAACCCUCAAAAUUUCCCCAAGGUCUUGGAAGAUCCUGAUGUUACCCAAUCGUCAUCGAUGAGUCCAUCUAUAGUUCAUCCUACUCAAACAUCUUCCAGUGUUCCACCCAGUCAAAAUACAGCUUCAUCCACUUUACGGAGAGUUGCAUCCACUUUACAAAGAGCUUCAUCCAGUAUGCGAAGAGUUUCAUCCACUCUACGGAGAGCUGCAUCCAAUGUGCAAAAUGUUGCAUCCAGUCUUACAUGGAAAGUCGAUCGUUCUUGA